GAUAAUACUUCAAAAGAGUCAUUACCUAAUGAGAUGUCAUGUUUUAUCAGUGAUGACAGCAGUAGCCAUCCACAGAAGUUGGAGACUGAAGCUAACUUUACAACGGGCCAACAGAGGAAGGAGAAGGAAAACCAGAAGAGAUUGUGGAAGGGCUUCCUUGUCUGUAUACCUUACGCUGCAAGUAUCGGAGGCACGGCCACAUUGACUGGGACAGCACCAAACCUGCUCCUACUUGGGCAGCUGAAAACAUAUUUCCCUGGUUGCAACAUGGUGAACUUUGCAUCCUGGUUUAUGUUUUGCUGUCCUGUAGCAAUCCUGUUCCUGUUUGCUGGUUGGCUGUGGAUUGCUUUCCUAUACGGAGGGCUCAAUCCAAGGUCAUGGACUCGGAAGAAAGCCAACAACACUGAGUCUCAAGCCAGGGUGAGAGCUAGAAUAAAGAAUGAUUAUAAAAAUCUGGGACCAUUAACGUUUGCAGAAUGCGCUGUUUUGGUUUUCUUUGCCUUCUUCGUGGCUCUGCUUCUCACAAGAGAUCCAAAAUUCAUCCCUGGAUGGGCCAGUAUUUUCCCAAAAGGAUAUGUGUCAGAUGCAGUGACUGGAAUGACAUUUGUUCUUGUGUUAUGCUUCUUUCCAUCUCAAAAGCCUUCAUUGAAGUGGUGGUUUGAUCCGAAAGCCUCAGGAAAAAUGAACCCACCACUGCUAAACUGGAAGAAAAUUCAGAAAGAUUUACCUUGGAAUGUGGUCCUACUACUCGGAGGAGGAUUUGCAAUAGCAAAAGGGUGUGAGGCUUCUGGACUGUCCAUCUGGAUAGGCAACCAACUUCAGCCAAUGGUGACUAUCAAGCCAACUACAGCGAUUAUCCUAAUCUGCUUGCUGAUAUCAUGUUUUACUGAGUUCGCCAGCAACACUGCUACGAUUGUAAUAAUGUUACCAAUUGUGGCUGAAUUGGCUUUGCACAUGAGGGUGAAUCCCCUCUAUCUGAUGGUCCCUGCAACUGUUGUAGGUUCCUACGCUUUCAUGCUUCCAAUAUCAACACCUCCAAACUCAAUUGCUUUUGCUACGGGCAAUCUAAGGGUCAUCGAUAUGGUGAAGUCCGGAUUCAUCAUGAACCUUUUGGGCAUCUUUCUGCUCUUGCUGGCCAUAAAUACCUGGGGUCUAUAUGUGUUCGAGCUGUCCACUUAUCCUGACUGGGCCAGAAUCCACACACAGGAUGCCCAGAAUGGCACCAUGAUCUCCCUGAAUGGAACUAUAUAAUACAUGACAACACUGUGAGACAUCAAGUCACAAGACUUCCAAGGUCAAUGAUAUAAUGUUGCCAAAGUGAACCAACCGUUGAGAAAUUAGAUUGGAUCCAACUGUGAGAGCGUGAAAAAGACCUGAACAACUUACACAUGAUUUUUAAAAAUUGCUGUAUGCUAAAUUAAACAUUAACUUUUAUGUUGGAUAUAAA